AUGUCAUCUCGUGUUGAAAAAUAUUUAUCUGAACAAAAAUUAGUCGGUGGUUCAUUAGCUAAUGAAUGGCUUGAACUUGAAUCUCUCUAUCAAAAUCGUUUAUGGCAUGAAUUAACAUUACGUGUAAAACCAUUUGUUCAUCGUGAUGACCUUCAACAAGGUGAUCAAUUAAAAAAUUUUUAUGAAAAUUUUCUAUCAGAUUUUGAACAUCGUAUUAAUCAAUUAGCAUUAGUUGAAAUAAUUAUACCUAUAACACGUACAUUUAAACAAGUUGAUCAAGCUAUUGAAUUUAUUCAACAAAUACGUGAAAAAGUUAAAAAUAAUUCUUUAGCUGUUUUACUUUGUGAUAUAACUAUUGGUAAAGCAUAUUUAAUAACAAAAAAUUUAAUUGAAACAAAAAAAAUUAUUGAAGAUUUAACACCAAAAUUUGAUGAACUUGAUCAUUUAACAACAGUACAUUCAAGAUUUUAUGAUUUAGCAUCAAAUUAUUAUCGAGUUAUGGGAAAUCAUAAUGGAUAUUAUCAACAUGCACUUAAAUAUCUUGGUUGCAUUGAUAUAUCAUUAAUUCCGUUAAAAGAAAAAGCUGAACGUGCAUUUAAUCUUGGUUUAGCUGCAUUAUUAGCUGAAAAUGUUUAUAAUUUUGGUGAAAUUCUUCAACAUCCUAUACUUGAUGCACUUAAAAAUACACGUGAGCAAUGGUUAAUUGAUUUAUUACAGGCAUUUAAUAUAGGUGAUGUUGAAAAAUUUGAAGCAUUAAGAUCUCUUUGGCAAAGUCAACCUGAUUUACGUAUGGCAGAAAUAAUAUUACAAAAAAAAAUUACAUUACUUUGCCUUAUGGAUAUGAUAUUUGUUGCAGGUGGUACACGUGCAUUAAGUUUUAAUGAUGUUGCUACACGAACCAAAUUAUCUAUUGAUCAAAUUGAAUUAUUAGCUAUGAAAGCUUUAUCAUUAGAUUUAAUACGUGGAAGUAUUGAUGAAGUUGAUCAAAAAUUAAAUAUGCAUUGGGUUAAACCACGUGUUUUAGAUUUAACACAAGUUGCUACAUUAAAAAAACGAUUAGAUCAAUGGACAAGUGAUGUUAAACAAAUGUCUACAUUAGUUGAACAACAAGCUGGAGAUAUUCUUUCAUAG